AUGAGUGUCAGGGAUCCUAUCAAGGAAAGGCUGAAUUUCCUUAAUCAACAGCUACAAAAAAUGGAAAGUGAAGAUGAGGCUAAGAGAGUCGAAUCUGAACGAAGGAGGAAGCGGAAGGAAGGCAAACCUAUGGACCCUCGCGAUCCGAGAGCAAAAAGAACGAUUUCUCCACAAGUGAAUCGGCCGGUAAAGCCUGCACCGAAAGAAGAAUUUCUUUUCCGAAAGGCCCAUCCAAGAAUGCAGAAGCGCAUAUUCGCUCCUGCUCCUUUUGAAAUGAAGCAGGAAGUCACGAAGACGGUUGUCCAUCCUUUUGCGGAUGAUGUUAACCUGGAUGAUGAAAACUUUGAUGAAGAUGGUGAUUUGAUAGGAAUUAUCAGUGACUUCUCGUCUACAAACAAAUCAACUCAUUAUCGUGAAACAUUCAAAAUCCCAGGGGAAAUCGAUGAGGAGGCUCCGAGCUCAUCGACUGGCAUCGUCAAUCCUUUCACUGUAGCUGACCAGCUUGCUGCUUUUAUGCGUCCAAAAAUGACAAUGCCGAGCGAAUUGGCAAUUAAACCUGAUGAACUAGAUCUUGAAUUGAAUGGAUACAAUCAAGAGCCAUUCGCUCAACAUCUGAUAGUUAAUGUGCAGGGAUAUUACUGUAAGGUGUGUGAUAUGUUCUUCUGCGAAGACGAAGAGCCUAAAAAGAGGCAUAGUUCUUCAAGAGAACAUUAUGAACAAGUGGCAAGGCGGCUUCGCGGCACUGCAACUCGUUCUCCCCCUGAAUCGUUCACCGCCCCCUCUGCGGAUGUCAAACAAGAAGUAAACGCUGAAGUACCAGCUCCGUACUUGCCCCCGCCACCUGCUUUUGUAAAUCGUCCUGCUCCACUAGUUUCUCCCUCAAAAGCAGAGAGGCCAGUCAAGAGAGAAUGGACACCAGAUAAUCGAUUUAUUCAACGGCACACACCGCAACCAAUGGUUCCGAAAUAUGGUCAACAAGUAGAUCCUAGAGGGCCAAGGCCAGUGGCCAUAGAACUUGGACCACCACCGCCAAGACAAUUUACAGAUAGAAAUCCACCUCCGAGACAGUUCUCGUCCGCACGGGCUGUGCGACCGCGUUAUGAUAAUCCGAACACUCCUGAUCGUCUUAAUAAUGCUUUGAAACGAGGGAACUUUGAAAAUUUGCCAAUAUUAACCUACGAAGAUCUUCAAUUCAACAUGCGUAUACGAGGAAUGCCGGUAGAUGGUGAAAAAGAACUACUUUUGCAAAGACUGAAAGUACUAUUGCAACUUGAGGACCGGAAUAGAAAUGCAAGGGGAUACUUUUUAACGCAAAUUUUUGAGCGAAAUGUAGAAGGAAGAAAAUUCGAGUGGCUCCAGAAAGACAAAUUGGAGAAAAUUUUAUUGGAAAUUCAAGGAGUUGUUGCUGUCAUCAAUAUUGAGCGACGAGAGGAGAAAAACGAAAUCGUCUGGUUCGUUGUUUUGCUUACAACUUUCCCAGUCACUCACGAACUCAUUGCUCCCGAACCUCUUGUGCGUCGAUAUCAGAGUAUACCUCUUCGAGUUUGUCCUUACAAAAACCUCCUUGCCUUGAUGGACCCUCCAAAGAAACCAAUGACCGCGGUGAACCGACACUUCACGCCAAAGACAGAAUGCAACUAUGUAGCUGUCGACUAA